AUGAAGCUCGCCGUCCUCAGCAUCGCCGCCUCGCUGUCCGCCGUCUCGGCCACCACCUACCAGCGCCUCGGAACAUGUCCCACCCUCGGCUGUGUCCUGCCGCCCGACCAGAGCGACUUUCUGCCCGGCCAGCUCUUUGACCUGCGUGUCGAGGUCCACGCUCCCGUCAACGGCUCCGAGGCGGCGUACAAUGGCAAGCCUGACCACCAUUUCAAGUUGACCAUUGCCAAGGACGGCGGCAAGCCCCAGGACGUGGCCAAGUUCUUCGCCGUACAACAGCCCAAGCUCGAGCAAUGGCAGUUCAAGUGGUACGAGGAUCUCUUUGCGGAGGACACCAAGACGCCCUCGCUCGUCAACGUCGCCUCCAACGUCUACCGCAAGCUCGCCCUCAACGAGCCCGGCAAGUAUACCGUCACCCUGCAAUACUACAACGAUAAGAAGACGACCGCCGAGUGGAUCGUCCGUCCCCUGGCCGAGACCCAAAAGGCAAAGAAUGUCAUCUUCUUCAUUGGCGACGGCAUGACCACGAACAUGAUCACCGCGGCCCGUCUCCUCGGGCACAAGAGCAUCAACGGCAAAUACCAAACGCGCAUGAAGAUGGACGAGUUCCCCGUCGUCGGCCACCAGAUGACGCACUCGAUUGACAGCUACAUUACCGACUCGGCCAACUCGGCGUCGGCUCUGUACUCGGGCCACAAGAGCACCGUCAACGCCAUGGGCGUUCACGCCGACUCGUCCCCCGACAAGUUCGAUGACCCCAAGGUCGAGACCAUUGUCGAAAUCUUCCGCCGCGUCCGCCGAGGAGCCUGGGGUGCCGUUUCGACCGCCUUCUUGGCCGACGCCACUCCCAUUGCCCUCACUGCCCAUACCCGCGCGCGCUCCGAGUACGCUCCGCUCAUCGACCAGGCUCUGAAUGGUCUCACCAACUACACGUGGACCCAGCACGAGGGCCCCGACGUUUACUUUGGCGGCGGCGCCGAGCACUUUUACCCCGGCAAGACCUCUUACGAGGGCAGGGACUACUACGCCGAGUUUGCCGACAGGGACUACACCGUCAGCCUCAACAAGACGGCGCUGCUCGCCGCCGACCCCACCAAGAGGGCCCUCGGCGUCUUCUGCCAGGGUGUCAUGCCUGUCUGGCUGGACCGCAACAUUUAUCCUAGCAACCUCAAGGACUUCAAGAAUAGCCCCAAGGGCGGCAAGGAGCCUGCCCUCGAUCUCCCCGGGCUCAAGGACAUGACGCUCAAGGCCGUCGACGUUUUGCACGAGCGCGGCGGCAACGAGGGUUUCUUCCUCAUGUCCGAGGCUGCCUCGAUCGACAAGCAGAUGCACGCUCUCGACUAUGACCGCGCCCUCGGCGACCUCCUCGAGCUCGACGACACGGUCCGCGCCACCGUCAAGAAGCUGGACAAGAUGGGCAUUCUCAACGAGACGCUCAUCAUUGUCACAGCCGACCACGGCCACGGUUUUGACGUCUGGGGCUCCGCCGACACCAAGUACAUUGCCGCCCAGAAAGACGACCGAGCCAAGCGCAACGCCAUUGGCGUCUACGAGAAGUCAGGCCUGUCGCACUACACGGAAGAGGUCCCGGACGUCGACUACGGCACCGGCCCCAACUUCCCCGUCAACUGGGAGCCGCGCUUCGCCAUUGCCGCCGGCCCCGGCGCCGCGCCCGACCGCCGCGAAGACUACCGGGUCCACAAGGCGGGCCCCCGCGAGGCGGCCGUCCAGGUCGGCGGCGAGUACUACGUCAACCCCAAGGACGCACCCGACGGCAUCGUCAUCAACGGCACGCUGCCCACCAACGAGCCCCAGGGCGUGCACUCCCUGACCGACGUGCCCCUCUAUGCCAUGGGGCCCUGUCAGGAGACGUUUGGCGGCACCUUCAACAACGUCGACAUCUUCUACAAGAUCGCCAACUGCUUGGGCCUGGCACGCAAGAACUGCCACGACCCGCACCACGAGACCAAGGCCGACGAGAGGGGCGCCGCAUACUAA